AAAAUUUCCAAGUAAGCGUGAUUUCAGAUCAUUAUGCAUAAAAAAAGUUACGAUUUCAACUGUUGAAGCCAACGAGUUUUCCAUGAGAGGUUUCGGGUGAAAUAGCAGCCGAUUAAAGGCUUUUACAGUUGUUUUUGGACGGUCUUUUCCCGGCACAGAAUCGAGGAAAUUUGAAUGUUCACAAUGGCCAACGUUGAGCCAGAGUUUGCCGAAAUGGGCACUAUAGUUACAGCUUUGAAAGAGGGUACAACGAUGACAAGGUUUUAUUCAAAUCGACGACCUGAGACGAGAAUAUUUCUGCUGAAGUUGGACGAAUUUCAAAUUGCAUGGUGGCGAAACGCAGGCAAAGAGGAAGGCACGGGUAAGUUUGAGUAUAUUAUAACAUCCUAAUUAACUGGAGCAUAUUACAAUUUAUUAACAUAUUUCAUAAAUACGUUUUGUGUUAAUUCCGUUGUAUCGAGUUCAUAUAUGAAAGCAACAUCCAAAUUAACUAUACGUUACAACUUUAUUAACAUAUUUCAAUAACAUUUAUUAAAAUAAACAUCUUUAAUAGUUUUUGUAUUAGUUUACUUUCUUUAUGUAAUAGGGGUGGUUUCAGCAAGCACUCGCAAACAGGCUCGCUCCACUCUAGCAUUAAAUUAUUACAGAGCUAAACAGGAAGGUCUGCCCUUGCUACUUUCCGUGUUCAUGUAUAGUUAUAAAUUUCAUCCCAUCUAGAGGAGAUCUUGGUAGGUCCAUUUGCAAGAUCUUAACCAGGAGGGCUGGCCAAACUCUAAGUUCUUGAAGGAUUUGUAAGAAAUGUUUGAGGGAAAUGAGUCAAUGUUCACACAUGAGUCAUUUCCCAUUUCUUACAAAUCCUUCAAAACUUCGAACUUACCUAUGCAAAAUCUUUACUAUGAUCACAGAAUCUUUGAACCAGCCUUAAAGGACAAUGAGGCAAAAGAAAUGCAAAGAUUGAAGAACUUCAGCCCUCUGGUUGAAUCGAUUAUGAAUCUCACUUCCAUAUAUGUGAUUAGGUUAAAUUUAGAUUCAGAAUCUCAAACUUCAAAUUUGAUUGGUUAUUUGUAAAAAAUGGAAAAUAAACAUGUACAAUUAUAGUAUGCCAAAUAAGUAAUAUACAUCUGCAUUUGUAGUUGGGCCAUCCCAACAUAUAAACAGCCCAUAACCACUUAACAAUCCACUUUGUCUUAUUCUAGUUGACAUUAGGGAAAUAAAAGAAGUCCGACGUGGUAUAAGCAGCAAGGAUUUCGACCGGAGUCCUGAUUACUCGAAAAAGCUUGACCCAAAUAGUUGUUUAGUUAUAUUUUAUGGCAUGGAAUUCAAGCUAAAGACUUUGAGUUGUGUGGGUAGGUAACUAGACUCAGUGAUCAAAUAAACACCCUGGGUGGGAUUAAUAGUUUAAUUUUGAGGAAUGAUAUCUAAUAAGUCUAUUUAAAUGAAUUACAGUAUAUGGAAAAUUUACACUUUGCCAUUUGUAGUGAACAAAUUUUGGCAACAAUUAAACAUUUGAACAAAAAUUUUGACAAAUAUAAGUUUUCAGAUUUCAUAUAAGGCAUGUUGUCAAGGAACUAGGAAAUUAGUGUUGUCAAGGUGCUUCAAAUGUAAACACGACUCGCCUUUAGCAUGUGUACAGUAUCACUUAACUUAACCAUUGAAAUGUUGAAAGCAAGACAAUUGCCAAAACUAUUUGUUCAUAUAUAGUGUAUAUAUAAAUUUAAAACAAAUUACCAUCAUUUGUACAGACUGUACAAUUUGAAUUAAGCUUGAGCAGUUUACCAGGUUUUUCAGUUGAAACCGUUUUUUUAGCAAUCAAUUUUUACUAAGCUGCCUAAGCUGGCUAAGCAUCAGACAGUUUAUUUUAAUCAAAACCACUCGAGCUUAAACUGAAUUCCGUUCUGUCCUCAGAAAAGCAUUAGAUUGGCAUAUACAUAUGUUUAUAAUUAUAGUAUAAUUCAAUGGUAUAAAAACAUUAACAAGUUACUAAAAGUUAUAAAAUCAAGCUUUUGGGCUGAGCCUCCAUCAUCAAGAUUUACAUCGAUGAACCCUAUAGAGCCGCUUAAGUACUAAAGUACCGGUACUGUGAUUGCCUAACGUCUUUUUAACUUUUAGUAACUUUUUAAUGUUUUUGUAACUUUUUAAUGUUUUUGUAACUUUUUAAUGUUUUUGUAACUUUUUACUGUAAUGUUUUUAUACUAAUGAAUACAUAAAUCAUAACAGAAAUGAAAUUGUCCAGUAACAUACCAAUUCUAAAAUAUUAUAUACCCCAUUUGGAUGAAUUUUUAGAACGCUCAGUAGCAAUUGUACACAUAUUUCAUAGAAUUCUCAUUCCUAACCAUUUUGUGUUGUGUAGCACAAAACAAUAAAGAGAGAGAAUACUGGGUCAAAGGUUUAAUUUAUUUGAUGUAUGAGAAUCCAUAUGUUGCUCAACCAAGUUUAAUUUACAGGUCUGUACUCUUGGAUUUUUAAGACCUUUAUUAUAUAUUUGAUAAGCAACAAUACCGCCAUUUAUACAUGUGAAAAUAAGCGGUGGCUUAAAUAAAUCACAAACAACUUGUUUGUUGUGAACAGUGAAUUUGCAAUAUUCUGCACUUAUAGGGGCAGCAAGACUAUUAGAAAAUUGUGCAAAAAAGAAAGCAAAGAAAAAUACCUUGCAGACAGCCUAAAGAACAAUGUUUAUACAAGUGUCCCUAAUUCAUUACAGAAAGUGGGGAGCUUGCUUUACCAAUCAGAGUUGGCAAUUAUGAACUUGUGUAUAAGUUCUCAGCAAGAAGGGAGGGUGGAGUGCAGGUUGCCCCCACCUAUCAUGUGAACUCAAAAGUAUGUGGGGGAAUUAGGUCCCCCACGAGCCCCAUUGUUGAUGUCUCUGCUGUCUUUUAAAUAUGUCAUAACCUCAUCAUUGUAUGAAGGAAUGGGUAUGCUACUUGGGAAUCUGUAGCCUUCUCAUGGCCCCUCUCUGCCCCCCAAAAAUUUCCAUCAACUUUCAUCACCAAAAUUUUCAUUGAUUCAGUUAUAGUGGCAACUCCUCGUUAACUGGCUUUACCAUUGAGCUCCAAUGCUCUCCCGUUGACAAGUAAAAUUGUCUGGCAUUAGACAUAAUAAGAUAGUAUGUUACCGAUCAAAUCAAACUUAAUAGAUUAGGCCGCACCCACGCCACAGCCAUUAUGCUACUCUGUCUAAUGCCAGACAAUUGUACUCAUCAAGUAAUUAAUAAUGUCUCAAUUUUAAUAUGUUCUGUAGAUGGAUAUUAAAGGAAUGGAAUGCCUUAGCACCAGGAAAUAGAAAAGAGUAAAGACAAUAUUUUUCAAUUUUUGUCAAUAUUUCCUCAGAUAAUGUUAAGAAUUUUGUAAUGUUAAGAAUUUUGUAGUGUUAAGAAUUUUGUAAUGUGUAAAAUAUAUUUAAUUAAAGGAUAACAAUGAAGGAAGUGAAACAGUUUCUUCAGAAAGCAAACAUCAAAAUAAACAACUCUCGUGUCAGAGAGUUAUUUCAGGUAUUUAUGCAUGUAGUAAAUCAGAAACUUUUUUUAAUGCUAUAUAUGAUGAUAUAUACAGUAAGUCAUAAUUCAUUAGAUAAAUUUUUGGAGCAAAAAAGGAAAGCUAAUUUGCAAUUCCUCUAAUGAAAUCAUACCUAGCAACUUCUGCAGUGAAAAGUUGAUCAAGGUGAUUACAUUUCUUUUUAGAGUGAGCCAAAUACUACACCUAGAAAAAAAAAAUAUUUGGGGUUAAUGGCACUUUAAUUAACACAGCAAAUUGUCUAUUUCUUUAGGAAGUUGAUUCAAAAAGAAAUGGCCAUAUAAACUUUGAUGGUUUUCGUUAUCUUUAUGAUCUUCUUAUGAACCAACACGAGGUAAAUAUUCUUCUAAUUAAUGUAAUAUUGUUCUAACUGCAACAAAUAAUUAUGAGAGUUGUAUACUUCGAAUUACCUAGUUAAUUAGCUAAUUGAUAAAUUAAUCAUUAGUUAGUAGUAUGGCCUCUCUCUCCUAUGGUGUAAAUUCCUUAAGCAGAAUUUCAAGGAUGGUGGAUGCAUUAGAGAAUAUUAUCAAAACUUCAGUUGAUUUACUAAUUCUAGACGAAGGGCCUUCGCGUAUCUCCCCGUAUUGUUUGGUAUUUGCAUCCCAAUCAACUGAAGUUUUGUUAUCAUUGGUACUACUUACACUGGCACAGAGUCACAGACUGUUCUAGUGAACAAUAUAUAUAAUACUGUAAAUAGAUCAGUAAAUAGAUAAAAUGUUUUACUAGUAUGUAUCUUUAAUUCUAUUUUGCUUAGAUUGCUGGAAAUUUUUUCAGCUUUAGAAAUCCAAGGUAUGAUGAAAUACUUAUCUCAACGUUUUGUUGUCCAUAUGUAUUUAUGAACAGACUAGGUCAAUUUCAGUUUAUAUUUACUGUUGCUCUGGCUUUGCUUGACACUUUCUAUAUACAUAUAUAAUUAUUCUAUUUUUCUAGAAAUCAAAUACAUGUGGAGCAAUUUCAGAGAUUUCUCUUGGAGGAACAAAAGGUCAGGAAUUAGGCUAUGUGUGCACUACAUAGGAGCAAUUUGAAAACUGCGCAAAGAAGUCGCAAUUAUCCGUUGCGAUCAACCAUACCACAGAAUAGAUACUAGACCAGAAAGGUCACUCAGACAAUAUUUCGUCCGAAAUUUUUACGUGCUGACGUGAAAAUACGCCCAUCAUAUGACGCCAUCCUGGAGUGCACACGGAAGUUUUUCGUGGGUACAAACAUAGGUACAAAGUGCCGUGUGCACUCCAGGAUGGCGUCAUGGCACGUAAAAAUUUCGGACGUUUUUCCCCAGCCAAAACACAUAGGAGUGACCCUUCUGGUCUAGUAUCUAUUCUGUGACCAUACGGUGCGAUCAACGUGCGUUAAUUUGCGUAUACUUUAACGUGCACACGUAAAAAUCUUUACAGUUUGUCAACAAGAUGUAUUCGCAUUGUUUAUUCCUAGUUGUUGACAAGUCUGGAACAAGUUGUUAUCAUGUUGUCACAAGGUUGACGAGGCUAAGGGGCGGACCGUUAGAAAAUGGAUGGGGGGGGGGGAGCAAAAAUAAAAAUCGCGCAGGGGAAACAGAAAGAAAAAAGAUUCGUGCACCAAAAAAGUUUGAAGAAAAAAUUCGUGCAAAGACUUUUCAGUAGGGAAAAUUAUAAGUUGAAAAAAAAAAUUCGUGCAAGCGAUAAUAUUUAAAAAAAUUAUCGACGCAAGCAAAAUUUUUUAAAAAAAUAGUCGUACAAGUUAAUAAAAAGUCCUCCCCAUCACUUUUCUAAUGAACGUUACUAGUAACGAAACCCUGCCAACAAGUUGUUUCAAGAAGUCUAAUGUCGUUAGCACGUAACAAGUUGUUAACAAAUUGAUGACAACAAGCUUGGUAGCAACUUGUUACGAACAGCCUGUGUUAAUUGUUGGAACAAUUGUUGGAACAACUUGUAGCAAGCCUAUCACCGUCAUCAACCUUGUAACAAGGUGAUAACAACUUGUUUCAGACUUGUCACAACAACUACUGGAAACAACUACUGCGAACACAUCCUGAUGUCGGCUUGACAACUAGUCAACUACGUCACAGACUCUAUCUCGGUUGCAACCAACCUGUUUAUACAUCUGUACCAACUUGCUCGUUUUUUUUGUAGGAGACGAUAGCUCAAGAUAUUAAUAAAGUUAAAGAUUAUUUGACAAAAUGUUUAGGAGAGGAACGGCCAGAUAAACCAUAUUUUACUAUGUCCGAGGUACGUUCGUU